AUGUCGGAUCAUGUGCAUACCGGCCCGGUUGCGGCUACCGCUCCUAGCCCCGAACUUACUGACGAAAAGAAACCCGACGUUGUAUCGGUUCACGUGGCAGAGGCUCAAGGAUACGACAGUAAAGAGACGAAACGGCUACUUCGAAAGCUCGAUUGGCAUUUGAUUCCCUAUAUGAGUCUGAUUUAUUUACUAUGUUUUCUCGAUCGUACCAAUAUUGGCAAUGCUCGUCUCGACAACCUGGAGCAGGACCUUCACCUGAAGGGCCUCCAAUACAAUGACUGCCUGGCGAUUUUGUUCCCGUUUUACAUCGCCGCCGAGAUUCCUUCCAAUAUGAUGAUGAAGCGCAUCAGGCCGAGCAUCUGGCUUACAUUCAUCAUGGUCUGCUGGUCUGCGAGCAUGAUUGGUCAGGGCUUUGUCAAAAAUUACUCUGGUCUCAUGGCCACGCGAGUGUUUCUGGGAGUUUUUGAAGGUGGCCUCUUCCCCGGUGUGAACUACUACAUCACGCAAUGGUAUUGCCGCCACGAGACUGGCUUCCGCAUGGCAAUGUUCUUCUCCGCAGCCACGCUGGCGGGCGCUUUUGGCGGUAUCUUGGCUCGCGGCAUUGCAGAGAUGAGUGGCACCGGUGGUCUGUCAGCUUGGUCCUGGAUCUUCAUUCUCGAAGGCCUCCUAAGCAUUCUCGUGUCUUUCACUGCCUACUGGGCCAUCUAUGACUAUCCAGCGACGGCUCGCUUCCUGACAGACGGCGAGCGCACCGAGGUCGAGCGUCGCCUCCUCGAGGACCACGGCCAUUUGUCCAAUGACUUUAACAUUAAGUAUGUGUGGCAGGCCAUUGGCGACUGGAAGAUCUACAUUUUCAUGCUAAUUUGCAUGGCUGGCUUUUGCCCGAUCUAUUCAUUCUCAAUGUUCCUCCCCACAAUCAUCAAGAAUAUGGGAUACACGGCGAACAAUGCUCAGCUCAUGUCUGUACCGCCUUAUGUAUUUGCUUGCAUCUUCACCAUUGGCGCCAGCUACUUUGCCGAUAAGAUCAGGCAGCGAGGUAUCUUCCUGCUCGGAUUUCAGGUUGUCGGUAUCAUUGGCUUCUCGUUACUGGCAGCCAGUGGUAAACCUUCGAUUCAAUACGCUGGAACCGUGCUGGCAGCAAUUGGCAUCUAUCCUCAGAUCCCGCUGGGUAUGGCUUGGAAUGGCGCAAAUAUCGGGGGUAGUUUGAAGAGAGGCACAGGCAUUGCCAUGCAAGUAAUGGGUGGUAACUGCGGAGGCAUUAUUGCGUCCUAUGUCUACCUCUCCAGAGACGGACCUCGGUUCAUCACUGGGCACUGCAUCUUGAUCGGUUUUGUUUGCAUGGCCUUUUUCUUGACGCUCUUCAUGACUAUGUGGUGUCGUCGUGAAAAUGCUCGACGUGAUGCCGCUGCAAGGGAGGCUGGUGUCCAAGAACUUACAGAAGAGCAAAAGGCAUUGGAAAGAGAACUUGCUGACAAUGUUCCGUGGUUCCGCUAUCAAAUUUAA